GCAUCGGAUUUGCGUCACUAAUCACUCUGAGUAGUUUUAAGUGCUCCGUACUCGCUUCCUCACUCUCUCUCUCUCUACCAAUACAUAUAUCUACAUUUCCCUUUCUCAUUCUGUAUAGAUUCAUUUUCCUGUUUUUUUGUGGUUGAUUUUUGCCGGAAAUAUUUUGAAUUCACUUAGGACGAUGAAUCGGAGUAGCGAUCCAAAUCCAUUUGAUGAAGAAGAGCAAGAAGUCAAUCCGUUUUCGAAGGGUAAUGCUGCUCCUGGAUCAAAGUCGCGUGUUCCUCAAUUUGUCAGCAAUACUCUGGGUUUUGGCCCAAAACAUGACGCGACUGUUGAUAUACCCUUGGACUCAAUGAAUCAGGAUUCAAAGAAAAAACAGAAGGAGCUUGCUGAUUGGGAAGCAGAUAUUAAAAGGAGGGAAAGGGAUAUCAAACGCAGAGAAGAUGCUGUUGCCAGUGCUGGUGUCCCCGCUGAUGACAGAAAUUGGCCUCCCUUUUUUCCUAUUAUUCAUCAUGAUAUAGCCAAUGAAAUCCCUGUUCAUGCUCAGAGGUUGCAGUAUUUAGCUUUUGCUAGUUGGUUAGGAAUCGUUCUUUGCCUCGUGUUUAAUGUUAUCGCAGUGACUGUUUGUUGGAUAAGGGGUGGUGGUGUCAAAAUUUUCUUCCUUUCUAUAAUCUAUGCCUUGAUUGGUUGUCCCCUAUCAUAUGUUCUUUGGUACAGGCCUCUGUAUCGGGCAAUGAGGACUGAUAGUGCUUUCAAGUUUGGUUGGUUUUUCCUGUGUUACUUGAUCCACAUUGGCUUUUGCAUAUUGGCAGCUAUUGCUCCUCCAAUUGUUUUCCAUGGGAGAUCACUAACGGGCAUCCUUGCAGCAAUUGAUGUCUUUUCUGACCAUGUAUUGGUGGGGAUUUUCUACCUGGUCGGCUUUGGCUUGUUUUGCUUAGAAUCAUUGCUAAGCUUGUGGGUAGUUCAGAAAGUUUAUAUGUACUUCCGAGGGCACAAGUGAUCUAUGACAUUGGAUUAGUUUCUUGUGUUCGAGGUCCCUUGGUAGAUGUUUCAUCCGUCAGUUCUUACCAGCACUCAUUUAGAGGUGGUUAAUUGAGUUGUGAGAUGUGAUGAUCGGUCUGAGCGACGUUCUUUUGCUUUUUUUUUAUCUGUUGAGCUCAUAGUUGAUUUUCUCCCAUAGUUGAAGAUGGUCUUGUAAUUUUUCAUAUUGACAAUCCCCUACAGGUGAGUACACGCAUUCUAUCCUACAGUGAUUUAAUAGUGACUGCUGUUAUGGCUUUGCAUUGCA